AUGAAAUCAGAACAUGAUCGCUACAAAGAUACUACAGAUGAUGCCUUAACAAAAUGGAAAAAUAUUGCUCAUCAGCUGGAACUGGAUAAGCAAGAACUUCAAAAUAAAUUAGAAGAUGAAAGAAGGAAAAUUGAGGAUCUCCAGUUUCAGAUUGAGGAGGAAGUACUUAGCAAGGAUGAUUUGGAGACAAAAACUGAAGAGGAAGAAGCCAAAUAUAAAGAAUUGGAAGAUAAAAAUAAACAUUACAUAGAAAAGAUUGAAAGAUAUGAAAAAGAAAUGGCAGAUGUCAGAAUAAAACUUGAUGAUUAUGAAUCUCAACUGAAGGCUUCUGAGGAAACACAGACUGUAUACCUUGACCAAAUUGAAGAACUAACCCACAAACUUACCCAAGCUGAAAAUAAAAUUACUUCUUAUGAAGCUACCAAAGUAGAGGAAGGAGCUAAAAAUGAUGAUGAUAAUUCUCCCUCCUUUCCAUUCUUCCUUCUGUUCUUUCUCUUCUAUCAUUAUUUCUGUGUCUGCAUGACUUCCAACCUUCCUAUGUAUGGUGCAUGGAGAGGACUACACACUCCUGACUGUAGACUUUUCUUGUUUAGCAAUCUGGCUUGCUGGACCUUCAACAUCUGUUCGAAGCUGAUGAGUCGUCGAACGAAUUAUAACAUUACUAACCAUUGGAUAGUAGAUGAGGAGAGCUUGAAGAAUUAA